ACUGGACAGGACCUCCGACUUGGCCUGCAUUCUCACUCUCUUUCUUUCCUGCUUGCUAUAUGCGCCUUCAAACGUAUCUCUAUAGCUCAAGUCAAGCAAGCUCACAAUCAUGACAAACGUUCCUUUCUCUCGUCUCCAGCUGGCGGCCGCCCUAAUCGAAUACGACAAUGACAAUGACAGUCCGACUGUACCAAGGCGUAAAGCGGACGAGAGUGCUAUCUUUGCACACCUCCGUCGUAACGUUCCUCGACCAGCAACAGGCUUCCGACAAAGCACAGAUUUCUUAGGUGUAUCAUUGCCCAGCGAGACUGAAAGUCUUGGUGGGCGUGAAUCUGUGGUAGAGACUAGAAAGUCCAGGGGCUCUAUUGACGCACUGCGCAAUCCUUUCGGACGCGAUUCAACUUAUGAUGGUCACGAACUAGGCACCGAGGAAAAUCUCGAUGUCGACUUAUCUUCCUGGGGACUCGAUGCUUUUAUCCCGAAGGAGAAGGCUUCGAAGAAGGACAAGGGCAAAGCCAGAGAGGAUGUACUUCCUAAUCCGCAUCCCGUUACUCGCGAAGUUGGUGUGGUUCCUUCACCGCGUCGGGCUGUCGGUGCCCGCACCAUGAGUUUAGGGAACAUCGACAUGUUUGGCGAAGGUGGUGCUUUCCUUGAUGCCAAGUCAGCUGUUGGGCAUCGGUCGCUGGAUGGACGACGACAUUCCAUCGGUUCACCUCUGGAUUUCACUGGGGCAGAACAAUCCAGCAGUCUGUCUCAGGGGAGACCACCAUCUUCGCAUGCUCUUAUAGAUAACAUUCCUGCAACGCCUCCAUUGCACGCCGUUCCUUUUCCUUCAGUUCCCUCAGUUCGCUCCAUAUCUCCCCUACCACCUGAUGGCCGACCUGGUUCACGUGUCUCUCUUGUCAAUUCUCAAGCGCAUGGUCGCAGGUAUUCCACCGCUAGUCUUGGGUCUAAGAUGCUCAUGAAUGAAAUUGAGGAGGAAGAAUCUAACCCAUUUGCCGUCAGACCACCCUCUCCGGAGCAUGCGUCUCGUUUCGACCCCAAAGUCCGGAGUCGCACAUUAUCACAAGCAACAAUGGAGCCAAUGCGCCCGCGCACGAUGUCCAUUGCUUCGCUUGGUACUCAAAUGAUGCUUGGUGACGGAGAUGGUCUCUCUACUUAUACUAGUCGCCCACCUGAACGUGAACGCCGCUAUUCCAGAUUAGAGCUCAUGAGACCCAAAGUUCUCGUUAUGCCCAGCCCUCUACAAUCAGUAGUUCCUCCACCGAAAUUGAUGCCUGGCGCAUCUCGCGACGGAUUCCUUCUUAGCACCGACGGUCCACCUCUUCCUCCCGGUGCUAAAUCAACGCGUCGUUCUGUGCUCAUUUCCGCUCUCGAACCUUCGCCUGAAGUGCCCAUUGCAUCGAACUCAUUUACGCCUAAUCCCCGCAUGAGUCUUACACUGUCUCAGCUCAUUUUCCGGAACUCUUUGGCUGUGGAUGGUCAGAGAGACGUUUCAUAUGCUGACAUUGACAACCGUCUCCGUCGUGCCACGCAGGAAGGCGAGCAAGUUCAACCUGAACCGGAGCCUGAGCUUCAACCUCCAACACCGGCCCCUCAAGUGGUUGUGGAUGAACCCAUACCUCGAGGGCGUCCUGCUGGAAAGCUUCUCGGGAAAAGCUUGAUUGACGACAUUGAAGCUCGCAAACUUGAGAUGAGGGGGAAACAAAGAGUAUUCACUGGUGACCAACGCCCGUCGAUGAUGCAUCGAACUCCGUUGCAGCGUUCAAGCACCCUCAUUGACCCCGAAUCGCUGAAACCGCGACCUGUAUCUCAGCGUAUGGAUUCUUUCCAGUCUAAUCAGAAUCUUAUCAGGCGAAACUCAGCAAAUGCUAGACCAUUGCUCAAUUUCGACGAUGAGAUUCCUGGAGCACCUCGAAGUUUAGGUGUUGACAACCGUGCACCAGCGAGCAAGUCGGUGUUUGGCGUGGACACGCUCUGGGAGCGAGAGCUUGCCAAGCUACGUGCGAUGGAGGAAAGCGAGAAACAGGAGGAGGACGAACGGCGAAAGAAGGGAGAGCUAGAUGACGCCAAUAAUAACAAGAAGAAACGCAAGGGUAAAGGCAAGGACAAGAAGCGUUCACCGGAACUCUCAGCACUUCCAGCGACGACCAGUUCGGAUAUGCCUCCGGCUCAAUCUCAGGAGCGCGUAUCAAUGGCAGCGCCCGUCUUGCCUGCCAUACAGAAAGCGUCCACGAGGCGCCCUCCUCCGCCAAUGGAUACUGGAGAUGACGAAGAAAGCUCGGACUCGGCUAGUGAUGUAUCCGUUAGGGCACCGAAGGGUGAAGGCAGGGAAGUAGAUGACUGGGUCGCAGAUUCUGACGAGGAGAAGCAAGCGCCAGUACCUAUUCGUACCGUGGGUUCAGGCCCUCGGUACCCAAAGCACGCUCCUCGACUCACAUUCCCUGAUGAAGAAAGUAGCGAGGAAGAUCUCCCUCUAGUUGCUACCAUUGGCAAAGCCGCACAACGUUUGACGAGACUUCGAAUGAGCAAUGACUCUGACUCCGACGAGGAGAAACCUCUGGUGGCUUUGUUGGAAAAGACGAAGUUGAAGUUGCCUUCUCUUGGCGGUAGUCUCAUCUCAGAGAUCAGUCCCAGAGCCGGUAAUGACGAUGAGGACGAGGAUGAUAAACCGCUAGGUCUACGUGGCUCCAGAUUCAUCGGCUCCUCUUCACAGCUGAGUGGGGCCGGUAAUCAAGAAGAGGAUGACGAUAAGCCCUUAGCCUUCCAUCCUGACCAAUUGCGUCGUACACAAUAUAUGAUGGCUCAGCAACAGCAGCAGCAGCAGCAGCAACAACAACAGCAGCAACAACUCAUGAUGCAGGCACAAGCGGCCCAAAUGCAACAAAGCAUGGUAUUCGGCGUGCCUUCGAUGAUGAGCUCAGGGUUCUUUGGUCCUCCAUUGCCGCCUCAUAUGAUGGUACCUUCCAUGAUCCCGGGCACCCCACCGCCUAUGCACGAUGCCGCCAAGUUUGGUCGUGUAGACAGAUGGAGACAGGAAGUUGCUGUUGAGGGCCAGCCCCCUUCAUGAUAUUCUUUGGCUUUUUCUUUCUUUCUGGUUUUUCGGACAAUGAGUACUUCCUCUGGAUACCAUCAUAUUUUUUUGCACUCUUUUCUCUCGCAAUUCUUUCGGUCGCUUUCAGUCGCAUAGGGUACAUCCAUCCGAAUCAUAAUCAUGCAAUAAAGAAUACAAUGAGGGGAUAAACGGCUCCGCCUGGAAAGCAAGAGAGUGAUGUAAGUCAGCGUCAAGAUGGAAGGAUGUGUUACAGAGCAAAUGAAACAUGCGUUGGGACUAGGAUAAUGUUGGAUGAUGAUGUACGAGGAGAUGCAAUUACAUGUGUUUGGAUAUCAGCAAGGAGGAAGGGAAAAAAAAAGGAAUGGAGAUAACUAAGACAGUAGUCCUUUUGAAAGAUAAGUACACUUCAUGACUCCGGAUUCGUUAGGUAUAGUUUGCGUCUGGGUACUGUGACAAUCGACACCUCCCUACGACUCAUCUCUUCCUCU